CUUGCUAUUUCCGAGCCACAGGGUCACACUGGCCACUCGCAAAUAAACAAAAAACGCAGGCCAGUUAAUAGUUACUUUAUAUAUCAACCCAUUCGCCGCGUAUUGCUGACAGCAUGGGCGUGACUGUCCUGCAGCCCUAUCCCCUGCCCGAGGGCAAGUCGGGGGCGCUCAUCAUCGACCAGCUGAGCAAGCGACUGCUCGCCCUGGGCGCCACACAUGCCGGUCAAUUCCUGGUGGACUGCGAGACGUUCAUCUCGACGCCGCAGCCCCACAACGGAGCGCCCAGUCGCGCCGUCCACGUCCUGCACAACUCGGAGUACCCCGCCUCCACGUUCUCGAUCAUCGACAACGGCACCGGCAAGCAGGUGGCCCUCGUCGCCGAUAACAUCUUCGACCUGCUGAUGCUCAAGAUGACCAACACCUUCACCUCCAAGAAGCAGACCAAAAUCGAGUCCCGCGGCGCCCGCUUCGAGUACGGCGACUUCGUCAUCAAACUGGGCUCCGUCACCAUGAUGGAGCACUUCAAGGGCAUCCUCAUCGAGAUCGAGUACAAGUCGUGCGUGAUCCUGGCCUACUGCUGGGAGAUGAUUCGCGAGGUCCUGCAGGGAUUCCUGGGCAUCGGGGUGGGCAAGGACUUCCCCUCGUACUUCGCCCCGCAGACCAUAAUGACGGCCAUGGGCCAGCAGCAGCUGCACGCGAAGCACAACGACAUCUACGAGCCGGUGGACACGGUGAAGCAGUACCUGGAGCAGUUCACCAACUACCGCAAGCACGUGGCCCUGCACGGCGGCAUGGGCAGCGGCUCGGUGGGCCCGCAAGUGGGUCCGCCCGUGCACAUGGCGCCCUCGGUGGUGGGCAUGAACCGACCCUGAUCCGCCGACGUCAAGCUGGAGCCACCGGAUGGACCAGUGGCCGACUAAGCUGGCAGUCCCUUUUUUUUGUAUUUAUAUUAAGUCGAUUGAGUGAGGACCUCAAAAAUGUAUAAAUAUAAUGACAAAAUGUAAAGCAAAGUUCUUGUUGCAGAAAGCUCCAGUAAGCAAAGCUAAAUUUAAUCCUUUUGCACUUUACCAUCCGGUUUACCACAUCCAAAGUUAUACGUACUUGCCUUUAAUAGCUGGAGAUUUCUGAAACAACCCAUUAAAACGUUAGAUUCUAUCUUUAAAACAUAUAUUUAGUCUUGUAAUGUGUGUAGAAAACUGUAGCGCCAAAUAAAACUAAAUAACACCCCGA